GUGAAGGCGGCGGGCCGGGGGGGGGAAGAUGCCGCUGGCGCAGCUGGCGGACCCGUGGCAGAAGAUGGCUGUGGAGAGCCCGUCCGACAGCGCGGAGGAUAAAUGAGGAGCUGAUUCUUAAUCCUGUCACAUUGAAUGGACAGCAAAUUAUGGAUGAACCUAUGGGAGAGGAGGAGAUUAAUCCACAAACUGAAGAAGGCAGUAUCAAAGAAAUUGCAAUCACACAUCAUGUGAAGGAAGGACAUGAAAAGGCAGAUCCUUCCCAAUUUGAACUUUUAAAAGUAUUAGGGCAGGGAUCAUUUGGAAAGGUUUUCUUAGUCAAAAAAAUCUCAGGCUCUGAUGCUAGACAGCUUUACGCCAUGAAAGUAUUGAAGAAGGCCACACUGAAAGUUCGAGACCGUGUUCGGACAAAAAUGGAGCGUGAUAUCUUGGUAGAAGUUAAUCAUCCUUUUAUUGUCAAGUUGCAUUAUGCUUUUCAAACUGAAGGGAAGUUGUAUCUUAUAUUGGAUUUUCUCAGGGGAGGAGAUUUGUUUACACGCUUAUCCAAAGAGGUGAUGUUCACAGAAGAAGAUGUCAAAUUCUACUUGGCUGAACUUGCGCUUGCUUUAGACCAUCUACAUAGCCUGGGAAUAAUAUAUAGAGACUUAAAACCAGAAAACAUACUUCUUGAUGAAGAAGGUCACAUCAAGUUAACAGAUUUUGGCCUAAGUAAGGAAUCUAUUGACCAUGAAAAGAAAGCAUAUUCUUUUUGUGGAACUGUGGAGUACAUGGCUCCAGAAGUAGUUAAUCGUCGAGGUCAUACUCAGAGUGCGGACUGGUGGUCUUUUGGUGUGUUAAUGUUUGAGAUGCUCACUGGUACACUACCUUUCCAAGGAAAAGAUCGAAAAGAAACAAUGACUAUGAUUCUUAAAGCCAAACUUGGGAUGCCACAGUUUUUGAGUCCUGAAGCCCAGAGUCUUUUACGAAUGCUUUUCAAACGAAAUCCUGCAAACAGAUUAGGCGCAGGACCAGAUGGAGUUGAAGAAAUUAAAAGACAUUCAUUUUUCUCAACAAUAGACUGGAAUAAACUGUAUAGAAGAGAAAUUCAUCCACCUUUUAAACCUGCAACUGGCAGGCCUGAAGAUACUUUCUAUUUUGAUCCUGAGUUUACUGCAAAAACUCCCAAAGACUCACCUGGCAUUCCACCUAGUGCUAACGCACAUCAGCUUUUUCGGGGGUUUAGUUUUGUUGCUAUUACCUCAGACGAUGAAAGCCAAGCUAUGCAGACGGUUGGCGUGCAUUCAAUUGUUCAGCAGCUGCACAGGAAUAGUAUUCAGUUUACUGAUGGAUAUGAAGUAAAAGAAGAUAUUGGGGUUGGCUCCUACUCUGUUUGCAAGAGAUGUAUACAUAAAGCCACGAACAUGGAAUUUGCAGUGAAGAUUAUUGAUAAAAGCAAGAGAGACCCUACAGAAGAAAUUGAAAUUCUUCUUCGUUAUGGACAACAUCCAAACAUUAUUACUCUAAAGGAUGUAUAUGAUGAUGGAAAAUAUGUGUAUGUAGUGACAGAACUUAUGAAAGGAGGUGAAUUGCUGGAUAAAAUUCUUAGACAGAAAUUUUUCUCUGAACGAGAGGCCAGUGCUGUCCUGUUUACUAUAACCAAAACUGUUGAAUAUCUUCAUGCACAAGGGGUGGUUCACAGAGACUUAAAACCUAGCAACAUUCUUUAUGUGGAUGAAUCUGGCAACCCAGAAUCUAUUCGAAUUUGUGAUUUUGGCUUUGCCAAACAGCUAAGAGCAGAAAAUGGUCUUCUCAUGACUCCGUGUUAUACUGCAAAUUUUGUUGCACCAGAGGUUUUAAAACGACAAGGCUAUGAUGCUGCUUGUGAUAUAUGGAGUCUUGGAGUCCUCCUCUAUACAAUGCUUACUGGUUACACUCCAUUUGCAAAUGGUCCUGAUGAUACACCAGAGGAAAUACUGGCACGGAUAGGCAGUGGGAAAUUCUCACUGAGUGGUGGCUACUGGAAUUCUGUUUCAGACACAGCAAAGGACCUGGUGUCAAAGAUGCUUCAUGUGGACCCUCAUCAGAGACUGACCGCUGCCCUUGUGCUCAGACAUCCCUGGAUCGUCCACUGGGACCAACUGCCACAAUACCAACUCAACAGACAGGACGCACCACACCUAGUCAAGGGUGCCAUGGCAGCUACAUAUUCUGCUUUAAACCGUAAUCAGUCACCAGUUUUGGAACCAGUAGGCCGCUCUACUCUUGCUCAGCGGAGAGGUAUUAAAAAAAUCACCUCCACAGCCCUGUGAAGUGACCUCAGUGAGAGAUUUGGUACCAUGGUGUAAGCUGAUAGCACAAGUUCUGGCGACAGGUAGCACAUAUCUGAGAGACACCUGCAAGCACACACUGUCCCAGCUGGUACCCACAAUGCUGCUGCUCCUGCUGCUGCUCCCGCUUUCGUCUCUUCUCGCUUUAAAUGAUCGUUAGCAAGUUAGAUUUUCCUGGAGCUUCGGAUGAAAUGAAAAUGGAAACAUGAUGAAGAUAUAUUCACUGAAUCAACAAGAAGAAUAAUGAAUAUACGAAUACCACCUAAAAAUACACUGAAUAAAGUACUCUACACCACAUAGCAUUAUUUUUAUAGGAAAUAUUUCAUGUCCCUUAAAUAUUCUUUGUUAGUUAUAGGGAUGGACAGUUUAUGUUAAGCACUUAGCUUAAACAAUCCGUUUAUAUUAGCACUGUAUCCCUUGUGCCAUCCAACAUUUUGUAUGUUUUUGUAAACAGUUCAUAUACAGUACAUUUAUGUACUGCUUUCUUUAAUGUAUACAUGCCUUGUUUAACUUGGAAUCUAUUAUUAAUCAAUUGACUAUUAAAUCUGGUUAAAUAGUUCACCUGGAUUAACAGUAUUGUUGGACAGCCCUAAAAAUGGCCAGAUUGUAGAACAGCUGUUGAAUGUAAUACUUCCAAAAUGUACAUAUCUUUCCCCAUGUCUGUUUCACUGGUUUGUUCAUUUGUUUAUUUCUUAAAGUCAGGUGCUCUGUCAGGCUAACCUAGAGAGCUGUUGUGGUAGGGAAAGUUAUCAUGUGUGUGCGGCAUGACACAGGAGUACACCUGUGAAGUUAGUCCGUAUACUUUGCAACUCCUUAGGAUCUUUUUUUCCUUAAUUAAGGAAGUGGCCCUUGCACUUUUAAUCUUAAAUUGGCAUAAGCUUGGGAUUUUCCCAAUAUACAUCAAAGGCCUUUAAGAGGCAUGGUGAAGAGAUUGGCAAAGGAAAAUUCAGCAACAAGUCAUUUAUGUCCCAUUGGAUAGCUCAUGGUUAAAUAGAUCAAAUUGCUGAAUUUAGCACAUGAAUAACAGGAUACUUGUUCUUGUAUACCUGCAAGAAAAGUAUGCUUUUUUGGAAAAUCGUAAUGAAUAAUGAAUCAUAAUGAAUUCUAUCCCAUUAAGAUGCUCUAUAUUAAACACUAAUUUGAAUGUAAUAAAGGCCACGAGCCUCCAUAUGAAAUUGGACUUAAACUUUCUUAUUCUAGGGAAUAAAACAUUCUUGAUCAAACGGUAUCUGUUCUAACCUGAAAUCAUAGCUAAGGUAGGCUAAGUGAAUGUUCAGCAUUGAGUGUUUUCUGAAUUCCUCCUGAUAAUUUAUAGCCAUGUAAUGCUUUCAUUAACUUCAGAAAUGAUCCAUUUUCAUAAUGGUCACUGGGUCUGCUUAGACUAGAGUGUUCAUUAUUUACAUCUAAUUUGGUAGUUCCCACAAUUUAAUUUUAAAAACGUAUGUAUCCAUAAUAAUUAUUCCAUAAAAAUACCUGUUUUUUGCCAAGCUACCUAGCAUACGUCACUAUGUAAUAUGGAAAACAUAUGAGCAAGGAAAAGGUGAUUUAACUUAUCUCAUCAUAAAUGUGCCUAAACAAAUCUUUCUUAGUCAUGUACUUAAGCCAUUUACAUGAGAAAUCUUUUUUCCUGCCAGAAGCUUUAAAUCUUCCCCUGAGAGUACAAAGCCAAGAAAGCAAGGUUUAUCUAAAUGUCUUGGAAACCACUUGUUAUUUCUUAAUUUCUCUUCUGGGCAAUUAAAGAGAAAGAGAAAAUCCAUAACAUGCCUUUUGUGCAAGUGACACAAAAUGAUUAUUGCAUAGAAAUCAAAUAUAAGUUUAUCUUCUAGACAAAAAAUGUUUAUAGGAGGAGGGAUUUCAGAAGAUCUAGAUGGAGAAAGUUUUUAAAUAUUCUUGAGUAUAGGGAUGCUAACUACUACAAGCUGCUUUCCAUUGCCUGGAAAGAAAGCUUUUUUUUUCCCCCCUCUUUUCCAUCUAUUCAGUGUUUCUAACCAUGGUCAUCCCAAAUUCUUGUUACUUUUAAAAUGUUAAUAUAACUAUAAGCAGAAAAAAAGAUAUAUUUUCAAAAUUUUGACACUGACGCUAUCCCUUCAGUGCUUAGGUGUGUUGUCCAUCAUAGUCUUUUAGAACCAGAAGUAAAUAUGUAAAUCCUUAUAGAUUAUCUAGUGUAACACUCUCAUGUUGCAUGUAAUGAACCUGAGACCCAAAGCAAAGACUAGAAUCCUUAACUUCCCAUUCAGUUUUUUCCCUUCCUCACACCGUGCUGCCUUCCCCUCGUAUUAUUACUCGAUAAUGAGCUGAGUUGCUCAAAAACUACAUGUCUUGGGGCAGUCCUCUGCUGGUAUAUGAAUGCCAAGUUUAUUGCUUUCAAAGAUACUGCCUUUGUCCUAGUCCACCUGCCAGUUUUACUGGAGAAGAACAAGUUAUAUGUUCACAAAACUGAAGGCUUUCUGCUGAAAAGGCAGUCCGGGAGUAUAAUUUAUUUCAUCUGUGGUUCUGGUGUUCCUAUUGCUUUGACUUAGAGCAGACAGGCUCAGCCAACAGUAUGCUCUAAAAUGUAGUGCUUUUGCUGGGUUAAUCUUUCCAUUAAUUUCCCCAAGUCCAGUAGUUGCAGUAGUGAGGUCCUUUACCAGUUAGUGCUGCUGGUUACCAGGGCCUCUUCCAGGAGAUUUUAGUCCACUCUGAAAGAUACUUCAAUAUGAAAGAAGGAACUAAACUAUCAGGCCACUUUUACAAACCUCUUUUUAGCUUAUAAUCCAAAAUAAUAUUCAGACUGGUAGACUGAAUUUAACAUUGCCAAGCACAUACAGGAAAAUACGGAUUACACUACCAUGUGUUUUGUAUCUUCCCUUUCAAGUGAUGAUGCUAAAUUAAGGUAAGUUUUUUGUCCUUUUAAGUUUUUAUAUAAGUCAUUUCAGCUCCUUCUAAUUUAUAGAGAUGUCUUCUUUCUAAGUAAGAUCAACCCUUAACAGAUUUGAUGUAGAUUUCAUUUAUUCACAAGCAGCCCGAAAAGUCCAAGAAUGUAAUAAUUUUGAAAAGGCACAGAGUCAAGAUGCUGUGAGGCUGACGUGUGGGAAAAGUCACUUAAUGAGUGUCUGGAGAGGGUGCGGGGUGUAUGCAGUGGAGAGUCCACAUUUCACACACAGCGGGCUGCAAGGAGUGGGCUUGGGCCAACCAUUUCCCAUCUGUUUUUAAGAAGUGAUUGCUGUUGGGGCCAGGGGACAUCAUGGGAGAUGGGGCUGGCCUGUUAGCUGUGCCCUGUGCCCUCAGCCCAGGAAAGGCAUUAUGAGUGGGCAGAACGGGCUGGAUAGGAAAGAGGCUGGGGUAGGUCCAGCCUAGGGUGAGAACAGAAAAACAUUCAGGGUUUGGGGGCUUGGUACAGAUGCGCAUCACCAUGAAAGCCAGCAAUACACAUUUCAACAUGUCUUUGAUUUUCUCUACUUCCUGGCCUUUAUAAAUGACCUAAAAUUUUUUCAGUUUGCUUUAUUAUAUUUUAUGCAGAAAAUUCUCUCUUAUGGUGGUAUUGAGCAUUUGAAAUUCAUGAAGGCAUUGGGACAGAUAUCUCAGGAACGUAAAGGGUCAGAAAAGGUCUGCUUUCUGUGAUUAACAAAUAACGCUGGAUCCCAUGGCUGACCUUGGUGCUUAAACCAGGAGGUUCCAAUCUGGUCCUAGAGUUCUGUCCCUCCGAAAGGUCCAACUCCAUGUAACUAACCAACUGGAUGCAUACUUUGAGCCUUAUUUAACUCACAGAGAAGUUGACUCAACUCAGCAUUUUUAUUUCAGUUAAUGAAAAGUCCUAUUUUCACCUCCAGAUUGCUUACAUUUUACUGGUCUCCCCAAGUGACCGUUGGUGGAGACCAUUUAAUGAAGGAAUGAAAUCUGCUUUCUUGGGACUGUGGUACUCUGCAGAGCCACGCUUAACCACUUUUUCUAGCGAAGAAUCUACAGAAUGAUAAUAACUAAAUAUGGAUGGCCGAGAAGAAUUUGUAUCUACAGUGCGCUUUAUGUAUUUUUGACACUGCUGUAUUCUGUGUGAUCGAGUGACUUGUAACUGGUUCCAAUGUGACUGAGUGUUCUCAAAGAAUUCUAGUAACUAAGUUGACUUCAUUUUCUUAAGCCUUCUUUACUAUCAGUCUCACAUUUACCACUUUGAUUCCAGUCUUUUAACUGUUCAUAACAGGGCAUACCAAGGGUUGGGAUGAGAGCCUACUUCCUACCUCUUAAGGCACUUUCCUCAUUAUUUUGCCAUAUAACCUUGAAGUGCAUGAUAAGCUGUUUAAAUGUCCAUGACUUCUCCCAGAGCAACUAACAAAGUAUAUGACAUUGAAUAGAGAUUAGUGGAACGGUAAAUUAGAGACUAGGUUCAGAGGUGCAAACCUCAAGAAAACCUCUUUAGAUCACAUACCAUAUAUAAACGUAUGUGAGAAGAGAGUCACUAUAAUAGUCCUAAGUAGAUUAGUCCAAUAUCUAAUGGAAGUGAAAAUCUUUACUCCUAUUAUCACUAUAGUACUGAAUGAACUGUAUACUGAGUUUUUCAAACAAGUACUUAAAGUAGAACUUUUAAAUACAAAGCAAGGGCAUAAGGAUAAAGGGUUUGGUUUGUGUUUCUCUAAGUGUAGUUUACCAUCUAAGGCUUUGUUUUUCAAUUUUUAAAAAAAAUCUUCAAGGUAUUGCCAUUCCUUAGCAUCCUUAAUAAUUGUGGGUGAUGAGUUUUUUACUCUUCAAAUUAUGUCCAUGUAUUAUGUUUAUCUUAACUCUGACCCUAAGCAAAAGGGAAGGUAUACACCUAAGGGAUGUAAUUAUUUUGCAUUUUUGGCCAUGGGUGGGAGAGGGGUGGGUAUCUACUUAAACAGUUUUUAAAAAAGAAAAAAAAUCACAAAUAUUUUUCUACUAUGAUAUAUGAUCUUACUUUAUACUAGUUUCUCUCUAGUAAGGCAUGCCAGAAGCCCAAGGCACCAUAUCAUGAGUUCAUACGUAUUGUACCUUUUAUUGGUGGUUAAAUCGCAUCAGAUGCUUGGCACUGCUGCCAUAAUUAUGAAAUGCUUGUAAAGGAUUAAAUAUCAUUGAAUACUUUAAAUUGUUUUACUUCAGAGUCUAAUCUGGGCAGUUUUCAAAUCAUACUAUUAAUGUGUAAUCUAAGCUCUUUCAGAUGUAUCCAUGAAUAAUCCUGGAACAAAAUUGCUUGUAUUCCUGUCACAGAACAGGUUUUGUAAUCUUUAAAAGAAAUGAAAAUUUAUAUAAUAAAGUUUCAAAUAAACGCA